CGUUUGCUCGCUCUUAUCUUAACUAACGUUGUUCAUCUGGAAGACAGGAAGAGAGAACCGGAGAGAGGACAACAACCCAACGAUGUUUUGCUCAACAGCUUCCUCUAUCCCCAUUUAUUUUGAUAAAAAAUUCCCCAUUAGCUCCCCUAAAAUCCUUAAACCUUCUUCUUCUUCUUCUUCACCUUGUUGUCUACCAUUGAAUACCUGGGUGUCACCCAAGUCUCUUGUACCUCUGGCUGCUUCUGUUGCUAUUCUUCUUUCUCCAGUUCCAGCUAAAGCUGGACUGUUGUCAGGAUUCCCUGGAAUCGAAUCAGUUCCUGGUCCUAAAUUACCUGAGAUUGAGUUCCUAAAUCGCUUCAAUGAAGAAAACCAGAAGAAGUACGCUGAAGCUGAUGCAAGAUUCAAGUCAUCUCCCUUGCUGAAGCAGUUGUUAGAGCGGUCUAAGCAGAACAAAGAAAAGAACAAGCAAAAAAUUCAAGACAAGUACUGCCUACGAGGGGCAGAGAUGGGAGUAGGGGAUUGUUCGGUAGAGGCGAUGUCGCCGGAAGACAAAGAAAAGUUCAUUGCAACAUUGAAGCAGAAGGUCGGAGUCGAAUGAAAUGGAGGGGACUUCUCUUUUUCUCUUUUCUUGUUUUCAUUUCAUUGGUUGGAUAUAUUAG